GCAGAUUGUUUGGAGCGGUCACAGGGGCUGAUGGUGGACAGAGCAGGAUGGCAGCCGGACUGAGGGUCAUGUGUGAGAUCUGAAGUGUUCGGAAAUACAAUUUAGAUACCAUGAAGGAUGUAAACUUUUACAUGUCUGCAAAGGUCACGUAGUCAUGGCUACAGCAAAUCCAAGCACGAGACAGUAGUAAAUAAUGCAUAUAAAUACAAGCUGAGUGAGGCGAGGUAGAGCCAUGCCCCUGUUGAAGAGGAACAUCGAGCCCCGGCACCUGUGCCGUGGUGCUCUGCCCGAAGGCGUCGGUAGUGAGCUGGAGUGUGUAAUGAACAACACGCUCUCCGCCAUCAUCCGCCAGCUUAGCAGCCUCAGUAAGCAUGCGGAGGACAUAUUCAGCGAGCUGUUUUAUGAAGCCAACGCAUUUUAUCUGCGAGCGAACUCCCUGCAGGAUCGCAUCGAUCGGCUCGCCGUCAAGGUCACUCAGCUGGACUCCACCGUGGAGGAGGUCUCUUUGCAGGACAUUAAUAUGAGGAAGGCUUUUAAGAGCUCCACAGUACAGGACCAGCAGGUGGUGUCCAAGAGCAGCGUCCCAAUCCCUGUGAAAGAGAUGUAUGAGCUGAGUGACCCCCCUCCACCCCUCAACAUCCUCUCACGGUACAGGGACGAUAAUAAGGAAGGGCUGAAAUUUUAUACGGACCCCUCGUACUUCUUUGACCUGUGGAAGGAGAAAAUGCUGCAGGACACGGAGGACAAGAGGAAAGAGAAAAGACGGCAGAAAGAGCAGAAACGCUGUGUGGACGGAACGCUGCAGAGAGAGGUGAAGAAGGUGCGAAAGGCUCGGAAUCGCCGUCAAGAGUGGAACAUGAUGGCCUUUGAUAAGGAACUGAGGCCCGACCUGCGGCACGGGCACACGGUGCACAGAGCAGGAUCAUCUGAGGGCUCCGUGUCACCAGAAAACAGGUCUCAUGGCCAUGACCACUUGGACCAUGGCUAUCUGACCAUGUCCAACCACGCAGGCCACGCCCACACGUACUCCGGCCCUCCCCCCGGCAUGGCGGCCCUUACGGCUCAUGCCCACAUGAACAUGGAGCAGGACUACAGGACGGGGUCUAUGGCGUACCGCUCGGGCACGCUGGGCCGUCCACACCAGGCUCCGCCUCCUCCUCCACCCACAGAGUGCAUGAACGGGUCCAUGCCCCUCCCACCAAUGGACUACAGUAUGGAUUACAUGAACUCAGCCACACCUCCUCCACCCCCAGCUCCUCUCAUUCCAUCAUCUCAAACUGCCUUCGCUCUGCCUCCCAUGGGCACAUCCCCAGGCCCGCCUCCCAUGGGCGCCGGUUACAUCCUGCCUGGUUCACCUGCCUCUGGACCACUGGCUGCUCCUCCUCCUCCUGGGCCGCCACCUCCUCCACCUAACACUACCCAACAAAUCACACCCAAACGCCCACCUGUUCCCAUUGAAGCCCCACCCAUGAACGAUGCCCGCAGUGACCUGCUAGCAGCCAUACGCAUGGGUAUUCAGCUGAAGAAGGUGCAGGAGCAGCAGGAGCUGCAGGCGAAGCGAGAGCCGGUGGGCAACGAUGUGGCCACUAUUCUGUCACGCCGCAUAGCUGUGGAGUACAGCGACUCAGAGGAUGACUCCGAGUUAGAGGAUAAUGACUGGUCUGACUAAAAACACACACACACACACCUUUUUUUUCUUCCUAACACUGCAGUAUCUACAGUACACGGACGUGCAGCAGCACUCAAAAGUUUAGACCUGUGAUUAUUUCACUUUAAUCAAAAGUCUUAACCUCAAAAGUUGUUCCUUAGAUGUUUAAAUUCAUAAAACUGAGUUAGGGUUAACAUUCAAAAUAAACUCACAUGUAAUAAAACUAAAUCAAAUCA